AUGGGUCGAGUAUUUAGAGCGUGGAUCGAUGAGCACACCCUCAUUGCUUCGAAUCCUGGGUCUGGAAUGGCUGUUGCAGUAAGGGAUUUCGUGCAACGCCGGGAUUGGUUGAAAAAAAUUGAUUAUUUGGUGCAACUUAGUCAUCCGAACUUGGUCAGCUUUGUCGGCUACUGCACGGAGGAAAACAGCAUGAUGUUGGUUUUCGAGUUCAUGCCCAAUGGAAGCUUGAGGGAUCACUUGUUCACAAAUCCUCAGCUGCACGUUGUAAGCGAACUUCCCGUCGUUCUGCUGCCGCCACAGCGCGUCGAUUUCCCGGAGCGCCUCGGCGGGGAUGAAUUGGACCUCUGA